UUUAGUGUUUUUUUUUAUAAACGGACUCAUGAACCUUGCAAGCCAUUCAAAUGCAGAUAAUGCAAAUCAUGGAGGAUAUUUUAUUAAUUUCAAUCAGGAUUGCACCUCAUUGGCUGUCGGAACUCACGGUCACAAGUUAUUCUCAUUGAACUCUGUAGACCAUUUGGAAGAAAUCUAUAGGAGUCAUGGAGAAGAUAUAUGUAUUGUUGAAAGACUGUUCAGUUCCAGUCUCAUGGCAGUGGUUUCUGUUGCUGCACCUAGAAAACUCAAAGUCCGUCAUUUCAAAAAGGGAACCGAAAUUUGUAACUAUAGUUACAGUAACACCAUAUUGGCUGUAAAAUUGAAUCGAGCGAGGUUAGUGGUAUGCUUAGAAGAGAGUCUGUAUAUUCACAAUAUACGAGAUAUGAAAGUGCUGCAUACAAUAAGGGAUACACCCCCAAAUCCAAAUGGAUUAUGCAGCCUCUCUACAAGUUCCGACCAUUGUUACUUAGCUUAUCCCGGGUCAAGCACAAUCGGGGAAGUUCAAAUAUUUGAUGCAAUUAACUUACACGCAAAAACCAUGAUACCAGCACAUGAUUCACCUUUAGCUGCUUUAGCAUUCAGUCCCCAAGGAACUAAGGUUGCAACAGCGAGUGAAAAGGGAACAGUUAUUCGGUGGUUUAAUGUGCAAGAUGGAACAAGAAUUUUUGAGUUUAGGAGAGGAGUCAAACGUUGUGUUUCAAUCUCAAGUUUGGCAUUCAGUGUAUGUGGGACGUUUUGUGUUGCAGUUCUAUACAGAACUGUACAUAUUUUCAAGUUGGAAAUUCCUAAAGACAUCCCUAGACAAAAUUCUGAGGAUGGUGGUUGGAUGGGUUACUUAACUAAAGCUGUUUCUGCAAGUGCCAACUACCUUCCAUCCCAAGUAACCGAUGUAUUCAGUCAAGGUAGAGCUUUUGCUUCUGUCAGAUUGCCUUUCCAAGGAGUCAAGAAUGUUUGCGCUAUUACUACGGUUCAAAAGAACUUGAGACUCCUCGUGGCUACAGCUGAUGGUUAUUUGUAUGUGUACAGUCUUAAUACAAUCGAGGGUGGAGAAUGUGUUCUUCUCAAAACGCACAAUUAUCUGGUCUUGAAGUGA